AUGAGUGUAUUGUUGUGGCUGCAACGAGUAGUGUACUAUAAUCUAUUAACUGUAUACUACAAUGUGUUGGUGCUCAUCGGGUUUGCUGUAGUGUAUUUAAAAAAUCCGUUCUCUAGUCCCUGGACUCAGAAAUUGAAAUUGGAACCACCUGCGCGUCUCACAGACCCUAAAUAUGGAGUGCACAAAUACAUCAAAGUUAAUGGCACGGUAUUGCACUAUGUUGAGAGCGGUGACCCUUCGAAACCUCUUAUGAUAUUUGUUCAUGGCUUUCCGGAGUUCUGGUACUCCUGGAGACACCAGAUUGUGGACUUCCAAAAGGAUUAUUGGUGCGUGGCCAUUGACCUGAGAGGCUACGGAGAUUCAGAACGACCAGAGGGCGUGGCUGCUUACCAAAUCCAAAAUCUAGUCGCAGACAUAAAAGAUCUGGUAAUUCAAUUAGGCAGAGAGAAAUGUAUUUUAAUUUCUCACGACUGGGGUGGUUUGAUUGCUUGCCAGUUCCGGAACCAGCACCCUGAAAUGGUGUAUGGAUUAGUCAUGUUGGCCAGCAUAUCGAGCACAGCUUGGGUGCGCGAGAUUUGGAACAACCCUGAACAAAGAAAGCAAUCUUGGUACGUAUUCCUGUAUCGUGCACCGGUGAUACCAGAAAAAGCACUUCUCAUGAAUGAUUUAGAAGUCUAUGAAAAAGUCAUGUUGUUGCCUGGCAAAAACAACACUGAUAAAGAAGACAUCGAAUGCUACAAAUACUGGUUCCGUAGGCCUUUUGCCUUAACGCCUCCAAUCAACUAUUACCGAGCGAACUUUAGAUUCGACUUCCCGGAGAUUGUUGAACACAAAGAGAAUGUACCCAUGCUGGUGGCUCAUGCAGCCAACGACCAUUACCUGUGCCACAGCUUGCUUGACACCCUAAAGAAGGAGUAUUCCACUAUAGAGACCGCUAUUGUCGAAAACACGAGCCAUUUCUUGCAACAAGAAGAGCCAGAGAAAGUGAACAAGCUGAUCAGGGACUUCCUUUCUAAGAAUAAUAUUUAA